CGGAAGUGACGCAGCCAGCGCCGCUGUUUGCAGAAGCGAACUGACCGUAUCUCCGUCGUGUCCGCGGAACGGACGCGUUUUCCCGGGUGAAGCAGAGAAACGCCGCGCCGCCGCGAUGCCUGAGACUGACGUUUACUCCAACCCUCUGGCUCCUGAUGGACACGAGGUGGACGACCACCGAGCUGCAGCUCAGUCCAAACUGACCAAUGAUGACUUCAGGAAGUUGCUGAUGACGCCGAGGGCGGCACCCUCCUCGGCCCCGCCCUCCAAGUCCAGACACCAUGAAAUGCCGAGGGACUAUAACGAGGAUGAGGAUCCUGCGGCACGGAGGAGGAAGAAGAAGAGCUACUAUGCUAAGCUACGUCAGCAGGAGAUGGAGCGAGAGAGAGAGCUGGCUGAAAAGUACAGGGACCGAGCAAGAGAGAGACGAGACGGCGUCAACAAGGACUACGCAGAGACGGAGCUGAUUAGCACCACGGCUAACUACAGAGCUGUAGGACCCACUGCUGAGGCAGAUAAGUCUGCGGCAGAGAAACGUCGUCAGCUGAUCCAGGAGUCAAAGUUCUUGGGUGGUGACAUGGAGCACACUCACUUGGUGAAAGGUCUGGACUUCGCUCUGCUGCAAAAGGUGAGAGCGGAGAUCACCAGUAAAGAGAAGGAAGAAGAGGACAUGAUGGAGAAAGUCCAGAAAGAAGCAAAGAAAGAGGUGGAGCCCGAGGAGAAGAUGGAGUUCAAGACUCGUAUGGGCAGGAACAUCUACCGUGUGGUGUUCAGGUCCGGAGUGACAGAGAGGAAUGAGCUCUUCCUGCCUGGCAGGAUGGCGUACGUGGUCGAUCUGGACGAUGAGUUCACUGACACUGACAUCCCGACCACUCUGAUCCGCAGCAAAGCUGACUGUCCCAGCAUGGAGGCUCAGACCACUCUGACCACCAACGACAUCGUCAUCUCUAAGCUGACUCAGAUCCUGUCCUACCUCAGACAAGGAACACGACACAAGAAGAUGAAGAAGAAGGACAAAGGAAAACUGGAUGAUAAACGAGCUCCUGAGGCUGAUCUAAGCAUCUUCGACGACAUCGGCGACUACAUCCCAUCGAGUGUGGCCCCGCCCAAACCUGUGAAAGAAAAAGAGAGACAUCGAGAGAGGGACAGAGACCGAGAGAGGGACAGAGACCGAGAGGACGACACCAAGAGCAGGAGACACAGCUACUUUGAGAAACCACAAGGAGACGAACACCAGGUGUUGGAUGCGGACACAGGUCCAGGAUCAGUCGGAGACCAGAUCAAGAUGAUCAACGAGAAGUUUGCAGGAGCAGCAGGAAGUCAGUGGAGCAACCAGGAACCUGGUUCUCAGAGGAGAGAUGGUAAAGAACAACUCGGUGAUUUCUUUGGAGGAUCAAACUCAUAUGCUGAGUGUUACCCUGCUACGAUGGACGACCUGGCUGUGGACAGUGAUGAGGAAGUGGACUACAGUAAGAUGGACCAGGGUAAUAAGAAGGGUCCUCUUGGUCGCUGGGACUUUGACACUCAGGAGGAAUAUUCAGAUUACAUGAACAACAAGGAGGCACUGCCAAAGGCAGCAUUCCAGUACGGCAUCAAGAUGUCUGAAGGACGUAAAACGCGCCGCUUCAAAGAGACCAAUGAGAAAGCAGAGCUGGACCGACAGUGGAAGAAGAUCAGCGCGAUCAUAGAGAAGAGGAAGAAGAUGGAGGCCGAUGGGGUGGAUGUGAAGAGGCCCAAAUACUAGUCUGCUCCUUGUUUCCUUCCUUGCCUCCUUUCCUCAUAUGCUUAUUGAUCGGAGAUCUUGUCCUGGUGUCAAGGUCAAAGGUCACAGACUUUUAGUUCAUAUAUGUAAUCAGUGGUUGAUUGGAAACGUGACUCAUCAAUAAAAUAAAAACGUGACUCAUCAAUAAA